UCAUUCAUCCUUUCCCUUCCUCCAAUGGCUACCUACUCACUCUUGGUCUUGGCUCUUCUUCUCGUUUCCGCCGCCGUUACAACCACCGUGUACUCCGAGCGGAUCGACGAUGAAGAAGACCUUCUGAUCCGUCAAGUGGUGUCGGACGUCGAGGAUCACUUGCUCAACACCGAGCACCACUUCUCCACCUUUAAGACCAAGUUUGGCAAGACCUACGCUACAAAGGAGGAGCACGACUAUCGAUUCGGAAUCUUCAAGAAGAACUUGAUCCGAGCCAAGUCGCACCAGAAGCUAGAUCCCUCUGCCGUCCACGGCGUCACCAAGUUCUCCGAUCUUACUCCGUCGGAAUUCCACCGCCAGUUCCUUGGCCUUAAGCCUCUUCGUCUUCCCGUGAAUGCUAAAAAGGCUCCGAUCCUCCCUACUAAUGAUCUCCCAACCGAUUUCGAUUGGCGCGAUCGUGGAGCCGUAACUGGCGUGAAGAAUCAGGGUUCAUGUGGAUCGUGUUGGGCGUUUAGCACCACAGGAGCGUUGGAAGGAGCUCAUUUUCUGGCGACUGGCGAGCUAGUGAGCCUUAGUGAGCAACAACUUGUGGAUUGCGAUCAUGAGUGUGAUCCAGAAGAUAAAAGAUCAUGUGACUCAGGCUGCAAUGGUGGGUUGAUGACCUCCGCAUUCGAGUACACAAUCAAGGCUGGUGGACUUGUGCGGGAAGAGGAUUAUCCUUACACUGGAAGAGAUGGUACCUGCAAAUUUGACAAAAGCAAAAUUGCUGCUUCCGUAUCUAAUUUCAGUGUGGUUUCCCUCGAUGAAGAUCAAAUUGCUGCAAAUCUGGUGAAGAAUGGCCCUCUAGCAGUUGGUAUCAAUGCAGUUUUUAUGCAGACUUAUAUAGGUGGCGUCUCAUGCCCAUACAUCUGCGGCAAGCAUUUGGAUCAUGGGGUUCUUCUGGUGGGCUAUGGUGCUGGUGCUUAUGCUCCCAUUAGGUUUAAGGAAAAGCCUUACUGGAUCGUAAAGAAUUCAUGGGGGCAGAGCUGGGGAGAGGAAGGAUAUUACAAGAUCUGCAGAGGUCGCAAUGUAUGUGGGGUGGAUUCCAUGGUCUCAACCGUAGCUGCUAUAGAUAGAUCUAACCAUUAAAUAUGAGGAUAACUUAUCGUGGUUGUGGUACCAAACUAUGGGAGUUUAUGUAAAUAAUUUGUGUAAUGCACUGUUAUGGAGAAAGAUACUGCUACUCUUAUGUUUAUGUAUUAUGUAAUUUUCUAUGCUAGCUAGUCUUGCUACAAAUUAUUAUACAUUGUAGCUAUGUCAAGUAACGUGAAUGAAAAUAAUUUGUCUUGUUCCAAAUAAUAUUGACUUCUACU